AGUUACCCUUCUAACAGUCAAAAACUGUCACGAAAAAGAUCUGAGUUUAAGACAAAGACAAACGGAAAAACAUUGGAAGAAUCUGUUUUAUUAGUAACAUCAUUUUUUUGGCGACUCUGAUCUUUAUUCUCUUCGCUUUUUCGAAGAACAAACCAAAGAACUAAAUCGUAAAUGUAAUUCAAAAAUAUCUUUCCAUUUGCGUGAGAAUACAUAUUUUUUAUGCUGCUUGAGCUUCUCUCUCAAUCUUUGGCCAUUUCGUUCAUGAACAAGUAAUACAAAAGCUAGGGAUUCUUACUUAGUCUCUUUUUGAAAAAAAAAAAAGGAAAAAAUGCAGAGUUACUUGAACGAGAACUUUGGAGAUGUGAAGCCGAAGAACUCAUCGGAAGAAGCUUUGCAACGAUGGAGGAAACUUUGUUGGAUCGUGAAGAAUCGUAAGCGAAGGUUUCGUUUUACUGCUAAUCUCUCCAAAAGAUUUGAAGCUGAAGCCAUUCGCCGCUCCAAUCAGGAAAAAUUUAGGGUUGCAGUUUUGGUUUCACAAGCUGCUCUUCAAUUUAUCCAUGGUUUAAACUUGUCUAGUGAAUAUGAUGCACCUGAAGAAGUUAAAGCAGCAGGUUUCCAGAUUUGUGCUGAUGAGUUGGGAUCUAUCGUAGAAGGCCAUGAUGUGAAGAAGUUGAAAAUUCACGGUGGGGUUGAUAAUAUUGCAGCCAAGCUCUCUACGUCAACUGUUGAUGGUAUUCCUACUUCUGAGCAUUUGAUAAAUGAAAGAAAACACGUUUAUGGAAUUAAUAAAUUUACUGAAACCCCUGCUCGCGGUUUUUGGGUUUUUCUGUGGGAAGCCCUUCAAGAUACAACCCUCAUGAUACUAGCUAUUUGUGCCUUUGUCUCUCUGGCUGUUGGCAUUACAGUGGAAGGAUGGCCAAAGGGUGCCUAUGAUGGUCUUGGAAUUGUUUUGAGUAUUCUUCUUGUUGUGUUUGUUACUGCUACUAGUGAUUACAAACAAUCUUUGCAGUUCAGAGAUUUAGACAAAGAGAAGAAAAAAAUAAUGGUUCAGGUUACCAGAGGUGGCCUGAGGCAGAAAAUAUCUAUAUUUGAUCUACUUCCUGGUGAUAUUGUUCAUCUUGCCACUGGAGACCAGGUCCCAGCUGAUGGGCUCUUCAUUUCGGGGUUUUCGGUUUUGAUAAAUGAAUCCAGUUUGACUGGAGAGAGUGAACCAGUUAAUGUGAAUACAGCAAACCCUUUUCUCCUCUCUGGAACCAAAGUGCAGGAUGGAUCAUGCAAGAUGCUUGUGACUACUGUUGGGAUGAGAACCCAAUGGGGUAAAUUGAUGGCCACUCUUAGUGAAGGUGGAGAUGAUGAGACCCCAUUGCAGGUUAAACUGAAUGGAGUUGCAACAAUUAUUGGGAAAAUAGGUUUAUUUUUUGCUGUUGUGACAUUUGCUGUUCUUGUACAAGGAUUGUUUAACCACAAGCUACAGGAAGGUACACAUUGGAUUUGGUCUGGAGAUGAUGCAAUGGAAAUGUUGGAAUUUUUUGCUAUUGCUGUUACAAUUGUUGUUGUUGCUGUUCCUGAGGGACUGCCUCUGGCUGUGACAUUAAGCCUUGCUUUUGCCAUGAAGAAGAUGAUGAAUGACAAAGCACUUGUCCGCCAUCUGGCUGCUUGUGAGACAAUGGGAUCUUCUACAAGUAUAUGCAGCGACAAAACAGGUACACUGACUACUAACCACAUGACUGUUGUGAAAACAUGCAUUUGUGAAGAAAUCAAGGAAGCGAGCAGCUCCAACAAGUGUAAUAAUUUUAGAUCAGCAGUUCCUGAAUCUGCUGUGAAAAUUUUACUUCAGUCAAUAUUUAAUAACACUGGGGGAGAAGUUGUUAAUAACAAGGACAACAAAAUUGAGAUACUGGGAACACCAACAGAAACUGCCCUUUUAGAAUUUGGAUUAUUGCUUGGUGGGGAUUUCCAAGCAGAACGACAAGCAUCAAAAAUUGUGAAAGUUGAGCCUUUCAACUCUGCAAAGAAAAGCAUGGGUGUAGUUAUAGAGUUUCCUGAAGGAGGUUACCGAGUCCAUUAUAAGGGUGCUUCUGAAAUAAUCCUAGCUGCAUGUGACAAAGUAAUAGGCUCAAAUGGUGAUGUUGUUCCCCUGGAUGAACCAACCACCAAUCAUCUAAAGAAUACAAUCGAACAAUUUGCUAGUGAAGCCCUUCGAACUUUAUGCCUUGCUUACAUGGAUAUGGGAACUGAUUUUUCUGUUGACAGCCACCUUCCCCUUAAAGGGUACACUUGUAUAGGCAUUGUUGGCAUUAAAGAUCCAGUACGCCCUGGCGUCAAGGAGUCUGUUGCAAUAUGUAGGUCAGCUGGAAUUACUGUCCGAAUGGUCACCGGGGACAACAUUAACACUGCUAAGGCUAUUGCAAGAGAAAUUGGAAUUUUGACUGAUAAUGGUAUAGCAAUUGAAGGUGCAGAAUUCCGGGAGAAAUCUGAGGAGGAAUUGGAUGAACUUAUUCCAACAAUACAGGUAAUGGCUCGAUCUUCACCUAUGGAUAAACAUACUCUUGUGAAACUCCUACGAACCACAUUUGGAGAGGUAGUUGCUGUGACUGGAGAUGGUACAAAUGACGCUCCAGCGCUUCAUGAAGCUGAUAUUGGGCUUGCAAUGGGCAUUGCUGGGACUGAGGUGGCCAAAGAAAGUGCAGAUGUCAUAAUCCUAAAUGAUAACUUUUCCACAAUUGUGACUGUGGCUAAAUGGGGACGUUCAGUUUAUUUAAAUAUCCAAAAAUUUGUUCAGUUUCAGCUGACUGUUAACGUGGUUGCCCUAAUUGUCAACUUUUCUUCAGCCUGUUUGACCGGAAAUGCUCCGCUAACUGCUGUUCAACUUCUAUGGGUCAACAUGAUCAUGGAUACUUUAGGGGCACUUGCGUUAGCUACAGAGCCUCCUAAUGAUGACUUGAUGAAGAGAUCACCAGUUGGUAGGAAGGGAAACUUCAUCAGUAAUGUAAUGUGGAGGAAUAUAUUAGGGCAGUCUCUAUAUCAGUUUGUGAUUUUAUGGUUUCUUCAGACAAGAGGAAAGGCAGCUUUUCAUCUCGAUGGCCCAGACUCUGAGUUGAUAUUGAACACGCUUAUUUUCAACUCAUUUGUCUUUUGCCAGGUUUUCAAUGAAAUUAGCUCCAGAGAGAUGGAAAAGAUUAAUGUUCUCGAAGGCAUAUUGAAAAACCAUGUGUUUGUGGCUGUGCUAAGUUGCACCAUCAUCUUCCAAAUUGUAAUUGUUGAGUUUCUUGGUACCUUUGCGAGCACCUGUCCUCUCACUUUGCAGCAGUGGUUUGUCAGCGUCUGCCUUGGAUUCCUUGGUAUGCCAAUCGCUGCCGCUUUAAAGUUGAUUCCUGUAGGAUCAAACUGAGAUCAGGGCAAUCUAGGAAUGGCUUAAAUUGUGGAUGGGUGAAAGAAGGCUGAAUGAUCUGGGUGUACCUCACGAGUGUUGACCGGACUUGCUUUUGUCUGGUUAAUGUUGGGCUAUCUUUGCUGAUUGCCAUUAAUCACAGGGUGGACAGGAUACUUCUGACAUUGUGGCUUCCUUUUACAAGAAGAAAUGACUCAAAGCAAGGUAGGGGAAAGGUGGCCAAGGGCGGGGACAUCACCUUCGAUGCUAUUAUGCAAUAUAACCUCAUAAAAUCCAUAUUUAUCCAUUUCUUCAUGAGUAUUUAGAGCUCUCUGGUUCGAAUUAGGAAGAAAAAUGUCCGAAGGCUGAAAACGGUGGGAGAGGAAAAAGAGAAGAUGGGAGCAAAAUAAGCUAAAAGCUUAAACAAAAAUUGGCACAUAAAGAAGAGGCUGGUUUUUGGUUAACAGAUAAAUCCAACUAAACUCCUGCAAGACUUAUCCAGAGACAGAUUUAACUCAUCUUGAAUAUAGGAUUUAAGGGUUUAAAUGAUAUCAUUACAUCAAGGCAUGCACAGUUUCUUAAACCAACUUAGAAGAAUAGAAAUCAAAUUGUGGGGUUAUAAACUUAAUUAUACGUACGAUGUACUGUAUAAUUUCCUUGUUUCUGGUUGGUCACCGCAUUCCAAUUCAUUCGCAGUGGUGAACUUUCCUAGCAAAUGCACACUGAAAAAUGUACUAUGUGCCCGAAGCGCAAUUGCAGACUGUUUGAUGCAUUUUUGGCUUAUUCAGAUAUACCAUUAGUUCAAUCAGAUUGGGAACGGUGGAUCAGCAGAAGCGAAGCGCUGUAUACAAUGCCAGAGUGACAGAUUUAUCAAGUCAUUGCCAUUUGAUAUAAGAUCAGGAGGCUGCAGCUAGAAGAAUGUGCUAAGAGCCAGGGAAAGUACCAAAUACUUGUUUGUCAGUUUUGACCCACCCCCCAACCCCUAAGCCAUGAAAGAGAAAUACAAUCCCCCAUUGGCUAUUGAGGACAAAAAACAAAUUAUUCACAGUUUCACCCCAUGAAUUAGCAUCUGCAGAAACGCCAAUCUAAUGUCCCCCGGAUCGUUGGUUUCAGUCAAAAUAUCUUAUUAGAGAAAGGACUGUUUGUUUUCCACUCUAUUUACUGUCUCUCUAUGAAGAACAAUUGGCCAAUUGAUUACCCUGGAUUAGUUUCAAAGUACAAACAGUACCAUUGCAACCUUUUUUAUCCACCGGAUAGGGAAGGGAUGGGAUAGAUAUGACAGGGUUCGAACUCCACCCAACAUGUCUUUUGAAGUCUUCUUAAUCGCUAGCUCAAAAAGCUGAAAGACAUACCACCGCGACUUUUAUUAUCACAUUUAGACAUAUUCGCACAACAGGUUACAACGGCAAUCGGGAGAUACUGAAUGGUUAUUACUGGUUCUCAACUAUAGAAUGCUUUUUUUUUUUUCGUGUGGUAACCGUAACAGUGUAACUUCACAGUUAGCUAAAACAUAUCUAUCAAUAAU